AUGUCAACAUUAGCAGGCACCUACAAAGUUCCACAGUGGAAUGAAAAGACCAAUGAUGAUUCCUUUGAACCAGAUCUUUUGAUGGAACCACAGUUUGGAGAUCAGACUUUUCACUGCUCUUUUUCAAAGCAUGUCUUCUCUGUCAAAGGCCGGAGAAGGUGCAUGCAGAAAGCACCUCUGGAGACCAAAGAGGAAAGGAACAGAAUCUGGUUGCAAUAUACCCGCCAUGUUUACAGUUUCAUUAAUACUCUGGCCCACACCUUGAAUGCUGCAUAUUCCUCCAUAUCUAGGAGAGGAAGGAAAGAAGGUGAAGAGAGGUUGGGGGCUUCAAGGUUGCAGCCAUGGCAGUUCCACCCAUUUCUGGAAAAGAACAAUUUUUGCAAUCUUUCCCAGCGGAAAUUGUACUUGGACCAAAAUGGAGAUGUAACAGCAGAUCUAAACAGUAUGAGCUGUGUGGUUCUUCCCCAGAUGGAUAUCACUGUGGGGCAAUUGGGGACUUUUGAAAGACAGAGAGUUAUUUUCAACCAAGAUCAUCUGUCACAGCUAAAAUUGCUCAACAAGUCUUUCCCUCAAUCCAAAUGUGUGAAAAAUUGUCAUCCUGGAUUUUACAAACAGACUCGGGAAGGAGAGCCAGUUUGCUGCUACAACUGCAUUUCUUGUUCGGAGAAGACUAUCUCCACUCAGGAAGAUACUGAAAAAUGCACUAGAUGCCCAGAUGAUCAAUAUCCAAAUGAGAACCAAGUCAAAUGUAUUCCCAAAAGAAUAUCCUUCCUGUCCUAUGAAGAACAUUUGAGUAUUAUCCUCAUCUCCUUUUCCCUAUUCUUGUUCCUAACCACAGGCUUCAUUUUUAUCAUAUUUAUUAAAUACUUAGAAACUCCCAUUGUCAAAGCCAACAACCGCGAUCUUUCCUACAUCCUUUUGAUCUCCCUCUUGUUUUGCUUCUUGUCUCCUUUUCUCUUCAUUGGUCAACCAAAAAAAGCCACUUGCCUUCUACGACAAACAAUGUUCAGCAUUGUCUUCUCAGUUGCAAUUUCUUCACUCUUGGCCAAAACAAUCACAGUGGUUCUGGCUUUCCUGGCCACAAAACCAGGAAACCAAGUUAAGAGAUGGUUGGGGAAGAGUUUGGCCAACUCCAUCAUCCUUUCUUGUUCUAUUGUCCAAAUUACCAUUUGCUCCAUCUGGCUGGGAGUUUCACCCCCAUUCCCUGACUCUGACCUGCACUCCCAGCCUCGAGAGAUUGUCCUUCAGUGCAAUGAAGGAUCUGUUACCAUGUUUUAUGUUGUCCUCAGCUACCUGGGUUUCCUAGCUGCCAUCUGCUUCUUGGUGGCUUUCUUAGCCAGAAACCUGCCAGGGGCCUUCAAUGAAGCCAAGCUGAUCACCUUCAGCAUGCUAGUCUUCUGCAGUGUUUGGGUCUCCUUCCUGCCCACCUACCUGAGCACCAAAGGGAAAUACAUGGUAGCUGUGCAGAUCUUCUCCAUCUUGGCCUCCAGUGCUGGGUUGCUGGGCUGCAUCUUCUUCCCCAAGUGCUACAUUAUCAUCCUAAGACCAGAUCUAAACACUAAGGAGCAGCUAAUGAUAAAAGUAGGGAAUUGA